AUGGGAUCGGGGUCCUCUCCCACUCGAUCUUCUUCUUACAGUUGCACCACCCUCGUCAACGACCCAGGGAACGCCGGCGGCGGGAAUAUUGAUAUUCCUGGCAAUAUCCCGCUGGAAAUCGUGACCGAAGAGGAGAUGGCUCUCAUAGACGCCGCGAUCACUUCCGCCCGCAGCUUGAUUCAGGCGUCGUCAUCUCUUGGCCCUCGAGCCUUACCCUUAUCCUCCCUACAUUCGACGGUCGCGUCUCUGAGGCAGUGCAGGAGCUCAUUCCGCUCCGUUUCUCCGCCAAUCCUUACCCCUGGGGCGUCUUCUCAAGACAUUGAGGAUUCUGAUCAAGGCCUGACCCAAUCCAAGUCACCGUUGAAGCUGUUUCGCAUCAGAAGAGCUCUAUCUGUCACCGACGUAACAGCCACGGUAUUAAUCUUGUCGUAAUGCCGGCAUUGUCCGCAUGGCAGCGCCUCUUGUUCUUUGUAAUGACUGCAGGUCUACCUUGAUCUGUCCGUCAGAUGUUAACGUGUUUGUCUAAUUAAAGAAGCUCAUGUUUUUCAACUUCAAUUGAUUAAUUAAUUCGGCCUUCACAAUCCAUCUGUUUCUUGUCUUUUUCUGUGACCGCUCCCUUUUAUUUGUUAAUUUUUUUUCUGAUAUAUGAGACUACAUCAUCUUGGCAUAUCAAUUGGUUUUGUGUAGGAUUUUUUUUAGUCAACACCCACGCAAACUUAUACAUCCUUGUAUCUACUUUUUUUACACACAAUGAAUUUUUGGUACCACCCACAUUGAAAAGAAAGUACGUUGUGAAAUUUGCAUCCUAACUGAUGGGCUAGAAGAUUUGGGAAGGCCAUAAGGAAAAGCUAAAGUUAAAAUUCAUAUUUUCCUCUUUAACCGGUUGGUAAAGAUGCAAUAUAUGCUGCAUUUUCAAUGUCCUUUACUACAGUGCCAUUAUUGAUUGAGAAUUUAUGUUCUUCCUCCUUUAUUUUGGAUUUCCAUUUUAUGUAACCUUUUGCGUCUACCUUUUGGGAAUCUUCGAGAUCAGGAAUGGUGUGAAAAGCAGAUGGAAUUUGUUCUCCUCCAUGGGAAACCUGAGAGGACAAAGGCCAUGAAGGCUGGUAGUGAACGCCAUGUUGAACUCGAAGAAGAGGUAAUCUUCGCAUCGCUUUGAAUUCAUCCCCAAUUUCUAAAAGUACCUUAGCAUAAUGAUUGAGAUUAUAAAAUCAAGGUCAUUGCCUAUGUCAAAAAUAUUGAAUGAAGAGCGCCAUCUUAAUAUGCUUGUGGUUGAAAUGAAACUUGGAUGGAUUACUUGAUCUGUUUAUGUUAUGAAUUUCCUAUGUAUUCGACUAUUACUUUUAGUCGUUUUGUGGCAUUCAUUUUUAUGUGUUAGACAAUUAUUCUUACAGCCUUAUUAGCUUCGACUAGGAAUUUAUCAUUCUCUAUAGUCAAAUUUUCUUUCCUCUAACUGCUGUGUGUUGUACAUUUGAUUUUUGUCACAGUGAAUGGGGGUUGGAAUUAGGUUGACUGCUAUCUAGUAAAAUUGAGCUCAAUUUUUAUGGUUUUUUACCUUCCAAUGCCCUAUGCCUACAUCAGAUUUAUAGGUGAGAAGUACUUAUGAUUAUGAUCAUGACAAUUUUGGAUAUCACAAAAUGUGGGGCUUUUUUUCAUGUGAUAGUUCAACAAAGAAAUUUGCACGAAGAGAAGAAGCCAUACCUUAUCUUCUUCCAAUAAUAAGCAACUAAACAAAAUUGCAAUUUGAUUUUUGAUCUUUUUUGUCACGAACGCAGGUUAUGGAAAAAGUAGAAAUUCGUGUCAUAUCUGCAGAGGAUUCCUGGGCUGUAAGAUUGAUGAACUUUAUUUUUGGUUCACGUCAAUUGCUAUUUGAUGGAUUGACCCGUGAACUACCAAUGUAAGUUAUCCUUCUCUUCCCGUGUGUGAACACAUUAGUUUUUUUCUUUUCAGAUCCAAGCUAAGUUCUACAUAUUGUUGGAUAAGAAUUACAACUGCCUAUAAGAGUCGAGAAGGAUUUUCUCUAAAUUUACACAUUGAUUUCCCCAUAAAAGAUCAUAUUGGAAAUGUGGCCUCUCAAUCAAAAUGCGUGAUUUUAGGAAUAGAUCAGAGAUCCACCACCGUGAAUUCGGAUGAUGUGGUUACCUGGGAUCCUUCAUGGGCCAGAAAAGAUAUCAAGGGAAAAAGAAGGAAAUUUGUAUGUGUGAUACGUCUAAUCUCAUGUUUUAUGCAUCAUAAAGUAUUGCACUGUGAUUCUGAGCUGUCAAUAUUUCGUGUAUGGCUAUAUAUUAAAGAUUGUUGAAUAUGAACGACUGGAAGUUCUAAUGUUGCGAAAUGAAUCUGUACUGUCAUGGGUGAUUACAUUAGUUGAAUUUAUUUUUGAACGAUAUUGUUCUCCUUUGUGUGAAUAAUGCCCAAUCCCACUUAUUUUAUCCUUUUUUUUGGAGAGAGAGAGAGAGAGAGAUCAUGAAAAAGAUCAUCACCAUUCGACAACUUUUGAUAAUUUGCAGUAUCAAUAAGAAGUCUUCUAUCUUCAACGGUAAUCGUAAACCUGGAACUAUGCAUUGAUGUUAUUAACAGAGCCGUUUUCUAUUGAACAUAUCGAAUUGCUUCUUCCAAAAUAAUAUCAUGGGGUAAAAGAGAAGCUGACGCAUAUUUGUCUUCCGAUGGAAUGGUGUUGCUUUUAUUAAGAUCCCUGAAGACGAGUUCAUUUUUUAUUUGCAUUAGUUUCUUAAAUUACUGUAAUUUUUAUUAUAAAUAACGAAUCUGAAUGAUAUAAUUUUGCAUUGGUUUUCUUACUGCAGAUAGGCAUAGUUAACAUGCAUAUCUUCAUUAAGAGGAACAUGUCCAUGAUUUUGAAUCUAUCACUCUGUGGAUAAUUUUUUAUACAACAAAUCUAUCAUUUUCUAGCCUUCUAAUACUGAGCUAUUUAUGGGAAUAACCCUAGAAUAGGAAUCGUGGAGGGGAUAUGGAUGGUUGGAGUGAUUGAUGAAAUCCGAAUGCCAAAAAAUGAAGCAGUUCAGCAGCCUCUGUUGGUCGAUACCAAAACCCGUCACACAGCAACCCUCCCUUCUGAAGCACAGAAGCGCAAUGGAAGGUAUGAGACUGCUGUACAUAUAUCCGUUUCUUUUUCUCAGUGAAGUUGACUUUGUAAAACUAGACCAUAAUGAUCGACUUCAUUACUUUUCUCUCUCAUUAUUGUAUUAUUUAGGAUAACUUAGAAACAUUUUAGAUAAUUCAUACUGAUAUUAAUCUUAUGAGAUGCCAAUAUGCGAUUCCUGUGGGUAAUCUACUUCAAACAAGUUCUUCAUCUCAGAUAAAACAUAAAUAUUAUGUUUUACGUGUUAUCUUGAUGCAGCAAAUAAUUGUGAGGAUUGUUCUUGCUUCUGCAUUGCAGGCUUCAACUGAUGUGUUAUAAGUAUUUGUGGGACAACACGGUUGCACAUAGCUUCCCCAGCGACGAGUUCUAUAGCUAUUUUGGGUUGGAUCCUCACUCCACCCUCUCUGAUGAUGUUCGAGAUUAUAGUGCGAGACUAGGUGUCCAUGCAAAGGUAUUAUCUGCCAGAUUGAAAGUCUUCAUUAUGAGAGGACUAGAUUCUGCUUACUUGCUUCUUCAAGUUUUAAGGUUCCUCUGUUUACCUGCAUCAAGUUUUACCUCAUCUUUUCUUGCAGACAUUGGAAGAUGUUGUCAUUUAUUUAGGAGAUAACUGCCGGUUGCUACCGCCCUCUCAGGAGAAGCUCAUGUUGAGGUGAUGGUGAUGACUCUCUCUCUCUCUCUCUCUCUCUCUCUCUCUCUCUCUCUAUCUCUAUCUAGUGUUGGCCCCGCCGGUGUCGUGUCUCAGAACUUUGGGAUGAAUGCAGAUAUGAAUUCCAGGCAGACCGUUCUCUGAUGGAGGAGUAUAUUUUCGACUAUGAUGAGGACUGGUUCAAGGGUCGGAUCUUGGGGUGCUUCGCGUUCUGGUCCGGUGAGAGAGAAGCCAGCUUGGUUUCCAAGGACGAACAGUGGAAGUGCCGAUUCUGUAAGUUCUAUUCCAUUUGCCCUGUUUCUGGCAGAUCAUCUCAUCGACUGCCAUAA